GAAAAGUAAUAGCUUAGCAGACAUGGAAAACAUGGCUAUUUUCCAUUUUAAUAACAUUUGCUUAAGUUUUCUGAUUUUUACUUUAAAUUCUGUCUGUCAUGAAUACAUUCAUGUUUCAUACUGUCUGUUUCCAUCCAUAUGCUGCUGCUGUUACUUCUGUUUGUCUUUUGUUUUAAUGCAGUUGCUGCCCACACUCGACAUCUAUACAUGGACAGAGGAGCACGUGUAUUUCUGGAUGCAGCAGAUAUUUGGAGCAGGCGAGGGAACCUGUGACAUGCAGCUGUAUGCCGACCUGUUUCAACAGAACGACAUCACUGGGAAGAGGCUGCUACUGCUCACAGAAAACGACAUGCGGGACAUGGGGGUCAAAUCACAGGGUCACAUCAUGCACCUCAAGAUUGAAAUCGAAAAGCUAACGAAUGAUUACCUCGGGAUGGUCCACUUCCCUCCUCUGUUGAAGGAUGAGCUGGAGCAGGAGGUGCAGAAGAGUAAAACUGUAAAUCUGGAGCUGGUGUUUGGGUACCACUGGAAACCAGGAACUGGGAAAUCUGACUGCAAAUGGAAAAUGUACAUGGAACUUGAUGGCGAUGACGUGGCAGUAACCUACAUCAAAGAUGUUGUCUUUAAUGCCAACAGACAGGACAUGGAGAUCAUGCGUAUGACUAAGCCCCCUUUUGUGAUGGAUAAAUGGAUCGUUGGAAUACAGCAGAACCAGAAAGUAGAAUACACAGUCAAUUAUGAGAAUGAUGUCAAGGCACCAAAGUCGACCAGACACAGCUGUGCUGUGACGUGGAGUCACAGCGGUGGUCAAGACGAGAUCAAGACUGUGGAGCUGCUCAUCGAGACGACGCCAGCCAACAUCGACUGGAGCCCCAUGGACAAGUCUGUCCCUGAAAUUGAUCCCACAUGGAUGUACGAUGUAAGGAAGAGGCAGCUGAUGACCCAGAAUUCCCAGCCGACGACUGCUGCUCUGACUGCCUUCACCCGCUCCGAUGCCCGCACUCUGCCUCAGUUCCUGUCUGCACAUGAAAGCCAGGGGUUUUCUUAUGCUGCAGCUGUGCGUCGCUCUCCAAACCGGGCCCAUGUCUCUCCUUGGAUCGACUCACGCAGCUCCUCGCCAACUACCGGCAUGUCGGCCAAACUUUCCUCGCUCCAUCUUGGUUCAAAGGGCAGCAGCCCUUCCAGCACUACGUCAGAGAGCGCCUCGGAGAGGGAUCGAGACCGGCCACUCAGUGCGGGAGCAGUGUGCGACCACCGCAGAAACUGCUACUUCGGUAACACAUUAACUGUGGGAGGGGGGCAGGGUAGGGGGCAUGCAUGGACCAAUACAAGAGGUAACUAUAUUCAUAAUAAAACCAGCAAAACGUCACGACAGCCAGGGAGGCCACGCUCCAACAGUUACAGUGUCCCAGCACAGAACCGCCCCUCCACGAUACCAGGUAUAUUGUCUGUGACUGGAAACCCCUGUGAGGAAAAAGAGGGGGCCAAAGCCAGCGAUGGAGGGUGGAUCAAAGUGGAGCGUCAGAAAAGAUUAUCACGUCCGGACAAUAAACAAGUCAGAGGUCGACCGAGGAGGGGGGGGCAGGGGAGGAGGCCGCGGUGCUGGUGGGCGACAUGUGAACUAACAGCCUCAAAACAUAUCAUGCUCUGA